AUGGCCGCCUCGAGUCGGCGACAUCCCAACCUCGACGACUGUGUCGGAUUAAACUGGAGCCGCUGGGCGGACCUGGUGGAUGUGUCCCCGCCGGACGGUGAGUGUGUCCCCCUGUCCUCGGUGACGUCCGGGUCUAAUGCUGAAGACAACAGCAACUGCGGGAGGAACCCAUCUGACAUCAUGACCCUCAGGAAAGAAGACAUGCACAUAUAUGGCCGCUGCCCGGCAUCUGAUGAUUUCUAUUUGGUGAUGUGCAGUCACUGUGGUCAGGUGGUGAAGCCUGCAGCGUUCGAGAAGCACUGUGAGAGGCGCCAUGGCGCGCUUACAAAAAUGCUUGGCCAGCCAUCGGCUCUGUCUCCACUGCAGCGACCGCUUCCUGGCCAUCCUCCUUCCAAUCUGCUCCACCCUAGAGAAAGGCAGAAGGACGGCAGUCUUCAUGAGGAUGGCGCCCCCUCCUCAGCAGCUUUACCCGCCCACCCGCACAGGCCCAAUAAGGCCCAGAGGGAGGCAGCAAGUUUGCCUUCAGUGGCUAAGUCCUCUCGGGAGAACCUCCCUAUCCCACAACACUCCCUGCCCAUGCCUCGUCCCCGGGUUCCUCCAUGUCACUCGGGAUCCCUGCCCCCGGGCCUCUCUUCCUCCUCCGCUUCGAACUCAGAGAAGCCCUCUGAGCAGAAGUCCACAGCUGGACAGACCAGUGAGUCUCGCACUCCUCUGCGAGGAACGAGAACCUACAGCCGGAUUUAUAAAAACGUAGCCAAGAAAGAACGUGACCUGAAUAAAAACUGCAAGAUCCUGGAUCCAGAGAGGAAGAUGGUGAGCAGCCGGGAGCUUAUAUGCAAUGUAAGCUCUCAGUAUGAUGCUUUUCUUUCCACACAUGCUAAUACAACGCAGCAGAAAGCGCAGGGAAGGACUAAGACGUCUGAUCAGUUGUCUGUGGAGCAGAGAGAGAGAAUCCCCUCUGCAGGUCGAGAUAUGGAGCCGCUUCUUGUCAAAUUAAAAGACAAAGAGCAACACUCAGAAGCUUUUGAAGAGAAACUAACUCAGGGUAGCAGACACAACCUCGGCAGCAACUGCCACAUUCUCGGGUCCAAGGAUACAGAAGAAGAUUUUCCAGAAGAGGAAGGCGACCGCACUGUGGAAGAGGAGGUGCAGCUUCCCUAUGCCCUCAACCAGAGUCUGCUGUCAAGUGAGGGUAGUGAAGACGAUGAGCAGGAGGAAGCCACGGAGCUGCUGGAGCUGCCGGCCUCACCAUGUCACCCCAAACCUCUCGGACUUUGCACUUUCGGAUGCCGUACAUUGGGUCGCAGCAUCCUCACCUUUGACCGGCGCUUGCAUCACCUGCGGUCUGCCCUCAACACCAUGCUGGAGCACCAUGUCAGCACACACAUGUGGAAGAAAAUGCCUCAAGUAUCACCAGGUCUCAGGUCUUGUCGUGUCACACCACCAGCUGUUAGAGCGACAGGGAAACCCUUCCAGUCCGCGGGCUCCAAUAGCCUUGACUCUACCUCGAUCGGACAACUGGAAAACAAAACCACUCAGCACAACUCUCAGAGUACCAAACCGCCUUCUUCCACCUCCCCCGCGAGCCUUGGGCCCGGCCGAUGGAGCAACCCUGUUGGACAACAAAGCAAGGUUCAGCAGAAGGAGGUGGGGCUUAUGCAAGAUGCGAGCGCAGCACAGAAAGCUACCAGGCUGCCACAGAGCAAUAAGGAAAAAUCCGCCAGAAAUGUCAGGGAUCCCCCUCUCCAUGAGAAGGCUCAGCCACGCUCCCCUUCCUGCAAAGGACCAGCCAGUGGUAACUUCUCACAGGGAAAGAAGCCAUGUCCUCCUCUGCCACUGCAGCCCUCAGAGAGACACUUGUCAGCUUCUGAGAAGCGUUCAGCCUUACCUGCAAAAUCAGACCGUCCCCCCCGAGGCAGAGGGAGGGCCUCAGGAAUUCAGCAGAAGGCGCUGGGUUUCGAUUGCAAUGGUCGUGGGCAAAAGCGCAAAGGAAGCAAUGAGUCGCCACCAUCCUCAGUAUCCAAAGCCUCCAAGUGUAAACGCUUGUCCUCUCCCUCCCGCUCCAGCCUCCUUGCCUGGAAGCGGGAGAAUAUCGGGGAUGGGCUUGCUUGGGGCCUGGACAAAACUUCCAACUCCUAA